CUGUGGAGCAUGCGCAGUGAAACCGAAAUCAAACGCAACAACAAACCGCUGAGAAGUAGCAAACUACCGAUGUACUCUUUGUCGGGAUGGUGUUGUGAGAAAGUAUCCGGUGGUUUAUUUUUAAAGAACACGCCAUCUAUCUGGUCGGAGAACCGCCUGAAGACAAGGAGAACACAGAGGUGACAACUCGAGCUUGUUUUUUCUACUUUUUUUUUUUUUGGAAGCGCCUCCAACGCACUUGCUUCCUGUUAAAUACUCGGCAACAAAUCGCACCGUGAGAAAUGUGAAGGGAGCGCUUCGCGAGGCGGAACAGGAGGCCACCAACCCACCGGACUGCUGCCUGUUCCUCGGCGCUUGCCGCCGCAUGAGCCUGUCGGCGGGAUGUCGCUGAGUUCGGGCGGCUGGACUCGCAGCCCCGGCCUCACGCCGGACCACUCCGCCGCCCUCCCCGGCAGCUACGAAGCCCCACAGGCGCAACCUGGCUGCCACACCGUGCUGAUGUCGGUCCGGGUCUCGGUGUGCCAUUCCGGGGUUCGCCCGCUGUGUCUUCCGGGAGCAGGCGACGAGUCACUCCGCCUGCAGCUGAGCAUGGACCCGGGGAAAUCCGGGGAAUUCCGGCUGGCGCUCCAGAACACCAGCAGGACGGGCCAGAGUAGCGUGAACAUCGCCGAGUUCGACCUGAGGUCCAUAAACUAUGAGGUGAAGUCGCCGCGGUGCCACGAGCUGAUCUCGGUGGCGCCUCCGUGCGACCGCAUCAGCUUCAACUUCAGCAGCGAGCAGGAGGCGGAGCAGUGGGCCACCGUGGUCACGUCCUCCCUGAGGGAAGCACACCGAGCCCCACCCCAGGAGAACGGCCUGCAGCACCUCUUCGACGGCCUCCAUCUGCAGAACACCUCGGCUUUACAACAAACAGAGGACGCUUGUUUAGAGCUGAAGAGAGCCAUAGAGGCGGGGGACGUGCAGAGCGCCUCCGUCUUUGCCGCCUCACUCGCCCGCAGACAGGCGGCCCUAAAGAUCCAGCCCUCCACCAAAGUAUAUGAAGACACUGAAAUAAGCUUGGCCGUCAUGGUGGAGGAUUCUUCCUCAUCCUGUUGCAUCACUGUGAAAGUUUUCCCUCACAUGACUACUGCGUCGUUGAAACAGCAGAUGUUUCUCGAGUACGGCUUCCACCCGCGGGUGCAGCGCUGGGUGAUCGGCCAGUGCUUGUGCGCCGACCUCAGGUCUCUGGCGUCGUACGGCGUCCGCCAGGACGGCGACACGGCCUUCCUGUACCUCCUGUCGGCACGCCACUCUCGCCUGACCGUUCAAGUCCUGCAGCAGGACCAGGAGAGCGCCCUCCUCCUCAGCCCUCCGCUGUCUUUUCAGAACCCCUCGCUCCCUGCUGCCUCCACAAACGGCCCCUCCUCCCAGGACUGGAGGCCGUACACCACGCUACCUCCAAGGCUCCACAGGAGCAGCAAUAACGGUGGUUCAGAGAGACAAAACUUUGGUGAUGUUGGAGAUCUCCUCAACUUCCAAAUGCCUGAACCUCAUGAAGUUCUGAGCCCCAACACUACUUCCACGCAGGGUUGGUCGUGUCCAUCUUGUACGUUCAUCAACAAACCAACGCGGCCGGGCUGCGAGAUCUGCAGCACCAACCGCCCUGAGAGCUACGUUGUCCCUGGAGGAUACCAGCCUGACGCCCUGGAGCUGAGGAGGAUCCAGCAGGAGAAGGAGGCCAUCAGACAGUACCAGCAGCCCCUCAGAGUCAGAAGCAAGAUACAGCACCAAGUACCAGCCAUGAGCCCACAAGUCCUGAGUGGGCAGGCAAAGGAGCAGGAGCGAAGGGAGAACUUUGACCGGCUGGUGAAGAUGGACGGUCAGGACCUGGUGCCCAACCCUGAGCUGGUGGAUUGUAAGAUUUGCUUCGUGGACCUCCAGUCAGGAGAAGGUGUCCUCCUGAGGGAGUGUCUCCACUGUUUCUGCAAAGAGUGUUUACGCUCCGUCAUCAUGCUGAGCGAGGAGCCUGAGGUGUCCUGUCCAUACAGAGACGACACAUAUGCCUGUCCCUGGGCCCUGCAGGAGAGGGAGAUCCGAGCUCUGGUGCCUCCAGACGAAUACGAGCGCUGGCUGCAGAGAAGCCUCUCUGUGGCGGAGUCUCGCUGCGAGGGCAGCUAUCACUGUGCGACUCCGGAUUGCCAGGGAUGGUGCGUGUACGAGGAUACCGUCAAUGUCUUCCACUGCCCCGUCUGUAGGAAACACAACUGCCUCAUUUGCAAGGCCAUCCACGAGGGAAUGAACUGCAAACAAUACCAAGACGAUCUUGCAGCGCGUGCCAUAAACGACUCUGCUGCUAGAAGGACGACACAUCUACUAAAGACUCUUGUGCAGUCAGGCGAGGCCAUGCACUGUCCUCAAUGUGGCAUCAUUGUGCAGAAGAGGGAUGGAUGUGAUUGGCUGCGCUGCACAGUCUGUCACACUGAGAUCUGCUGGGUAACCAGAGGGCCUCGCUGGGGACCCAAGGGUCCUGGAGACACCAGUGGAGGAUGUUGCUGCAAUGUCAACAAUCAGAAAUGUCAUCCAAAAUGCCAAACUGUCACUGAGACUCAGGAAAGGGAUUCUUGGACAUCUCUGGAU